AGGAAAGAAAAACAAAAGUAAAGCUUCAAAGUAGAAACCCUAAUUUCCAUUGCAGGUACGAAUCCUUGAGCCCAAAACGUUAAAUCAUCAUAAUUCUCCGCUAAAUUCUCAGUGUCGAAGAGCUUAGCAUCACCAAAACGCUCGUUUCAGUCUCCGAGUCGAGCCAUUCCAUAAUCCCAGGAUUGCGCUUGUUUUGGCUCUUUGAGUCCGUGGACUUAAAAUCAGAUGAGGGAGAAUAAUUGAAGUUAAGAAUGAGUAGGCUAUCAAUUCGGCCGCGGCCUUUAGACAUACACAAGAAACUGCCCAUUGUCAAAUCAGUAAAAGAUUUUGAAGACGACAACAAUGAUACUACACCUCCUCCUACUAGUACCAGUACAAGUGGUAAUACCAAUAAUACUUCUGCCACCACCACACGCAACUCCCACCUCCUCCGUCUCAACUCUUCUUUUACAGACCAUGACACCCCAGAGGUCCAUCAAGCCCCUACCAAGAAAUCAGCUUCUGAAAUACCAACGCCUCAGUUUGUGGUAGUUGAUACUUAUGAGCGAGACUACUCUCAGACGUUUGCUCAGCCCAAUUCUUAUUUACGUGCAAGAGGAGCUCGGGCUGAGAUUGGGGAGUUUGUUGAAUAUGACUUAGACAAUGAGGACGAGGAUUGGCUCUAUGAAUUCAAUAAAGACCGAAAAAUUCUUACACCUGAAAAAUUUGAGAUUCUUCUUUUUAAGUUGGAGGUGUUGGAUCAUAAAGCUCGGGAAAGAGCUGGACUUAUAACACCUACUCUUGGUUCGCCCAUUCCUGUACUUCUACAACUAGAUGUUGCUAUUGAGGCACUACAAGCUCAGACCAUCAGAUUUGCAGUCUUCCAGUCUGUUUAUAAUUAUUGGAAAGACAAGCGUGAAAGAUGGCAGAAACCUAUAUUGCGACGUUUGCAGCCUCCUCCGCCGGUUAAUGAUACCAACCCAUACAAUGUCUUUAGGCCAAGGGAGAAAGCCCACAGACUCCAUACCAGAAGGAUGCAAAGGAGAGAAAAUAAUGUGCAGUCAUUUGAAAAGCUUCGCCAGGUCAGACGCAACCUUGACCAAGCAAAGACUAUACUUGAGGCUUUGAUUAAGAGAGAAGAGAAAAAGAGAGAUGUCUUGGAGAGUGAAGUUAAUCUCCAAAGGAUGCAAGUGAAGUACAAGCAUGAAAUUGAGCUUCUCGAGGAUAGCUUGGCACUUCCUGGGUUUCCUCCUGUUUCUUGCAAGUUUGCUUCAAGCGAGGAUGAAUUGGUGGACUCAGAUGACCUUGCAAGUAGCCGCCCGCGUAUGCGACCUGCUGCAGUUCAAAAUCAACCGUACACAGAGUCCAACGUGGUUACAGUUCCAACAGCAAACAUUAAGCAAGAGUUCAGGCGUCGACAUACACCACUUGGAUGGCUGCAUAAAUUGGAUCCUCUUGAGCCAGUUUUGUUGUUCACGAAACCUCUGGUCCCAGAAAAGUUAGUUGCUGCAGGCAUUGUCCCACCAUCAGAUACUUCAGCCAAGAAUGGCACGUCGGCACCAACUUAUAAAUUUCACGGAAGAAUUGGCCGAGGGGGUCGUAUAGUGUUUGAUAGAUGGAAUCCUCUUAUGCAUACUCCAAUUGAUUGUGGUACAUCUUUUUACAUUCCGCCAAAACCUCGCUCAUCAACAUAUAAUUAAAAUCGAAUUCUUGGUUGUCUUAAUUCAAGCUGUUACUGAAAAUCCCUCUGUAAUGGUUUUGAUCGAUAUUUCAUGUUAUACAGUGGGACAAGCGAAAACGGCGAGGGUUGAUGAAUGAAUUGUUGGUUUUGGUAAUGUGUAUUUUUGGCCAUGCCAGGAAGCUAACCCUACGUAUCUAUCAUGUUAUUCCAUUAGCUCUUGUUUGUCA